AUGACGAAUAGUCAAAGUGGUGAUACGAAUGAUGGCUCGACUGAUGAUGAUGAAUUUGUCGUUGUCAAUCCAGGCGGAGAGCACAUGUCUUUAUCACAGAAAUCUAUUCAGAAGCUCAAAGCCUGGCUGAAUCCUACAGACUCAGAAACUCCUGCCAGUGAAUACAGAAAGCAUCUUAACUCCCAUGCCAAGGGGACUGGUGAAUGGAUUCUGGAGACGGACCAAUACCGAGAAUGGAGUCAAUCUAACUCGGUCGGAAACCUCUGGAUCAGGGGUAUCCCCGGCUGUGGAAAGUCUGUUGUUGCAGCGGGCCUCAUCAGUCGACUUCGACGAGCAGAAAAUGGUCUUGUUUUGUUUUUUUUCUUCCGGGAGAUAAUCCAGGCAAAUCGUACCCCACGGUCGUUGAUGCAAGACUUUUGUCAUGGAAUGCUUGACCAUUCACCUUGGCUUCAGUCUGAGCUAGACCAACUCCAAACACAGCACUCAUCUGUUGAAUCUGUUCCAUAUGACAAACUUUGGAAAUGCAUGGCAACCGCUAUGCAAUCUAUUGGAAAGGUCCACUGUGUGGUCGAUGCACUGGAUGAGAUGGAACAAGGAAAUGACCAGUUCUUCAAGGAACUGCUCGACCUAGGCCGUCGGUCUCCCGCUUCAAUCAAGUUGAUUGUCACCAGUCGCCAGGUUCCACAUGUUGAGAAGCAUUUGAAUGGGAUUUCCUUAGUUGAUCUACGCCUUGAUCGUCGCAAUGUGGACCGUGAUAUUGCCAUUUAUUCCGCGCAGCGAUUGGAAGAUACUCAUCUGGAUCUGUCCCUAGAAAAGCUUGAACAAGUCAAGCAAGCAAUCUGUGAGAGGGGGAGAGGCUUAUUCCUUUAUGCCAGGCUCAUGUUGGAUCAACUUUUGUUACAGCCGCAAUUGAUGCUAGCUAACAUCGAGAAUCUCCCGGACGGUCUGGGAGAUAUGUAUACUGAGCUGCUCCAUGACCACGCCAUUCGUUCAGGAACAUCUGCAAUCUUUCAACAAAUUAUUCUACAAUGGAUCACCCAUUCCGCACGACCGCUACGAUUGCUAGAACUUUUUGUCAUGAUUGAUUCUCUUCCCGACCGUGCUGGACUCACCCAAGAGCAAGAUGCAAAACUUGCCAUCCGAACAACCUGUGGCCCUCUGCUGGAGGUUUGUGAAGAUGGAGUUGUCCAAAUCAUUCAUCAUUCCCUGACCGAGUUCGUUCUCAAUCGGGAUGUUGUUCAUACCCAGAUGUCCAAUCAAGUCCGUGAGAUUUCAGGCUUUCAUUCUCCCACUAUCCACGGAAUGAUUACCCGGGUAUGCAUCAACUAUCUUUCCAAUGGCUGUCUUGAUCAAUGGCCGACUGAUCCCCACACUGCGGCUUGGAAGAAAGAUGGUAAAGAACUGAUGCUGCGAUUUUAUUUCCUCCGUUAUGCAGUUUUGGAGUGGCCAUUUCACGCAGCAAAUGCUGAUGAAUCUGAUGAUGAAUUGUUGCAUCUCCUUGACCAGUUUUGCCAGGAUGGUAACCAAAGCUAUGAAGCCUGGAAAAAAAUAUGGCCAGCUUUGCAGCCGAAUACUAUACCUUCAAACUGCUCUCCCCUGGAUAUUGCUGCGUAUUGCGGGAUCUUUGCAUUUGCUAAACAUCUUAUUGGCAAGAGAGCAAACACAGACUCCCGCAACUCCAAAACUAACGGUCUAUUCCCACCCCUAUUGCAUGCGAUCAAGAAAAAUCACCAUCGCAUUGUCAGCCUGCUUCUGCAACAUGGCGCGAAUCGCGAAAAACAUGACGGCCGAGAUCCAGUAUUCUAUGCAACGGAGUUGAAUCACGUCGAAUCUUUGCGUGCUCUCAUCGAGGGAGGCGUAGACCCUAAAACGACAGCAGGAACCGCUGAUGGAUCGAGUGAAAUCAUCUACUGUGAGUUUCUGGACCAGGAGGUGAGCUAUUCCGGAUGGAAUAAGAAGAGAACGCCCCUUGCAUGUGCAUGUCAUGACGGGUAUAUCGAAGCUGUGCAAGAAUUGAUAAAACAUCUCGAUUCAGCCUAUCUCUGCAAGGGCUAUCUUCACAUUGCUGCCGAGCAGGGAAAGUCAACAGUGGUGAAAACCUUGUUACAAGACGAGAAGGUUCGACUAAGCAUCAACGAUAAGGAUUCCGACGGUAAUACCCCCUUAUAUCUGGCCGCCAAAAGCCGUGACUAUGCAACAAUUCAGGUGCUCUUGGAUCACGGAGCAGACAUCAGCAUAAGCUCUAUGAAUCUGAACCAUCCCCCAGAGCCACCACACACCCUGGCAAAGUAUGAUCGAGACGGCGUAUGGCCAAAUUACUCUGCUCUGCAUGGGCUGGCAUUUGGUGCCCGACGUGUGAGAUGGAAAAAGGCUCCCGAGAGGUCCAAUUGGAUCAAGGCCUUGAAAAUGCUUCUAAGUGCAGGCUGUGAUAUCAAUGCCAGAGACCACCGAGGGCGCACGCCUCUAUUUUGGUGGUCAGAGUUUCCCGCUGCCAGUGAUAAGUACGAAGCUACAGAGUUCGUCGCCACUCUGCUUGAAUAUGGUGCCAAUGCUUCCUUAUUUGACUAUGAAAUGUCAUCGCCACUUCACAGGAGCUCCACUAAGCUGACUCCGAGGAUGGUGGAACUUCUUGUAAAUGGCGGUGUUGAUUUGAACUCCACGCGAGACUCUGACGGCAUGACACCUCUUAUGUUCAUGGCAUCAUCUCUAAAAAACCAUGAAGUAUCUUCAUGGCGUGAUAUGAAAGCAAACUUUGCCCAGAAGGAUUGGGCGGGUAACACGGCUUUUCACCACUGCUUUUGUUCACUGGCACGUGCUCUAAAAGAGAACGACACAGCUUGUUGGAUGAACGAUUGGUUUGCUGCUGCAGACUUGGGCGCCCAGAACCAUUGUGGUCGAACCCCAUUUCUUGAGUUCCUGUUUAGACAACCGAGUAUCAAAUUUAUGGACCGUGAUCACAUUAAAGUCGUUCAAGAAUUCGUCAAGAACGGAGCGUUGCUGGAAGGUCGAGACUUUUCUGGACGAACAGCCCUACUUACCGCGUUGGACCAUCCGAUACUGAGAUCAUUGGGCAUUGUAGAAGAGAUAUUGCGGCUAGGUGGCGAUGUCAAGGCUACCGAUAACGAAGGCAAAUCAGGCGAGUAA